AUGCCCAGUGCUUUGCCCCACAAGUGCCACGACGACAUUGCCGACACCGGCUUCUGCGUUAUUCGCAACUUCUUGACUCCGGAAGAAGUCACCAAGUAUAAGGUAGCGGCGCAAAAAGUGAUUGACUACGCCCGUGAGGGCAAAUGGCCCGACGUCAGAACUCGGGGGAAGCAGUUCCCUCCCUGGCCCAAGAACUUCUCCCCUGAUAUCUGGGGGGUGUCGGGGUUGUUGCACCCUGAUUUGGGGGAGAACGGCGAGCUCUCAAAGCCGUUCCACGACUUGUACGCUUGUGACAAGAUCCUCGACGUCGCCAGUGACAUCUUACAACAGCCUCACGACAAGUUGCUGAUGGAAUUGUUCAAUAUGUUGAUCAACCCGUUGACCGACUUUGGCUUGGACUGGCACCGUGACACCAUCAAGCCCGAAGUCCUGCCCGAGGAAGAGGCGGAGCAAUUGUUACAAGACCCUUACGCCGGUACUCAGUUCAACUUGGCGUUGACGGAAGACCCCUGCCUCAUCGUCAUCCCCGGUUCCCACAAGCGGGUGCGGACGGAAGAAGAACGGGAAAAGACGUCCAACGAUAACCGAAAGGAAUUCAUCACCGGCCAAAUCACGGUUCAAUUGCACCCCGGUGACAUUGUCUUCUACAACAACAACAUCUUGCAUCGGGCUGAGUACCAAGCCAAGAAUGAGCGGAUCACCGUGCACGGCUCGUAUGGGCUGGUCGACCACGGCAAACUGAGAGCCAAGGGGGUGUUGCAACACGGCGUCGCCAAGUGGUUGCCACGCUUGGAACUGGACAAUGAGAACUUGAACAUGUUGAAGGGUAAAUUGGAGGCGUUGGCGAAGGAGUUUGAAGGCGUCGAUUUGGGGUACGCUUUGGACGGUUAA